CACCCCAGACAGCACUGCCUCGAACGCCACCGCCCCGACCAACACCGCUUGCCCGCACCCGGCAGGCCGCCGAGCGACCCUCCCUCACUUCGCUCCCGCUCCGCUGCCAGCUGCCGUUUGGGCCGUCGCGCUGCUGGGAUGGCGGUGCUGGCCCUGGCCCUGGAGGGACUCGCCAUCUUCGGGCUCAUCCUCUUCGUCGUGCUCUGGCUCAUGCACUUCAUGUCUAUUAUCUACACACGCCUUCACCUCAAUAAGAAAACCACAGACAAACAGCCAUAUAGCAAGCUUCCUGGUGUUUCACUUCUAAAGCCGUUGAAAGGUGUGGAUCCUAACCUGAUCAGCAACUUAGAAACCUUCUUUGAACUGGAUUAUCCAAAAUAUGAAGUACUACUCUGUGUACAAGAUCAUGAUGAUCCAGCUAUUGAUGUGUGCAAAAAGCUCCUUGGCAAAUACCCAAAUGUUGAUGCUAGGCUGUUCAUAGGUGGCAAGAAAGUUGGCAUCAAUCCCAAGAUUAACAACUUAAUGCCUGGCUAUGAAGUUGCCAAAUAUGAUCUUGUAUGGAUCUGUGAUAGCGGAAUCAGAGUAACGCCAGACACGCUGACCGAUAUGGCCAGUCAAAUGACUGAAAAAGUAGGCUUGGUCCAUGGGCUUCCAUAUGUUGCAGACAGACAGGGUUUUGCUGCUACCCUUGAACAGGUUUAUUUCGGAACUUCUCAUCCAAGGUCAUAUAUUUCAGCCAACUUAACUGGCUUUAAGUGUGUAACAGGAAUGUCAUGCUUGAUGAGAAAGGAUGUCUUGGACCAAGCUGGAGGACUCAUAGCUUUUGCACAGUAUAUUGCUGAAGAUUACUUUAUGGCCAAAGCUAUAGCUGACAGGGGCUGGAAAUUUGCAAUGGCCACACAAGUUGCAAUGCAAAACUCUGGUUCAUAUUCUAUUUCUCAGUUUCAGUCCAGAAUGAUCAGGUGGGCCAAACUGCGCAUUAAUAUGUUGCCUGCCACAAUAAUCUGUGAACCGAUCUCAGAAUGCUUUGUUGCCAGUCUAGUUAUUGGAUGGGCAGCUCAUCAUGUAUUUAGAUGGGAUAUAAUGGUUUUUUUCAUGUGUCACUGCUUGGCAUGGUUUAUAGUUGACUACAUUCAACUAAAAGGUGUUCAGGGUGGUGCACUGUGUUUCUCAAAACUUGAUUAUGCAGUAGCUUGGUUCAUCAGAGAAUCCAUGACAAUUUAUAUUUUCCUAUCUGCUUUGUGGGACCCCACUAUUAGCUGGAGGACAGGACGCUACAGAUUACGUUGUGGAGGCACUGCAGAAGAAAUUCUUGAUGUAUAGCCACAGCUUUGUAACUUUGAAUGUCAGAAAGAGAAGGGGGAAAGAAAAGUAUUAUAAAUCAUUUAUAUAAAUACUUUUAAGAAAAUUUACCUUCAGUAGUUUUGUUACUUGUAUGUUUUGGUAUCUGUUCUUUAAUUUAUUUUUGCAUGGCACUUGCAUCUGUGAAAAUACAUCUGUAGUCUUGGCCAAAUGGUACCUUGCUCCUAUGUACAAAUAGAAAUGGAGAGAAUUGGUCCUGAUGUCUUAUUUCCUGUAGGAAUGCUCUGCAGUAAACUCUUUUAUUGUUUUCUUGGGUUUUGUUUUUUUUAAUUUUGGUUUUUGGUUUGUUUGAUUUUUUUGGGUUUUUUUUGGUUUUUUGUUUUUAUUUUUAAAGUAAAGUAUCCUCUUGGAUAUGAGCAGCUUCUUACUCCAUGGUGUGCUAGCUUGGCAAAUCCAGGGUUCACAUAGCUAUUUUCCAGCUGGGUUGUACAAAGCUGUAUCUAGUAAAGUCACAGAAGUACAGCCAAAUUCUUUUUUUAAUCUCACUAAAUUGAGCUAGUAACAGGACCUUGGGAAAGAAGCUCUUAAAUGCUUUAUGCCUACCUCUUGUAGUUGCUGCAGAACAAAAUGAAUGGAAAGGUAAAAAUGCUUUGCAAAAACAAACUAAAGCUGGAGUCUUGUGUUUAUAUGUAUACAUAAAAUACUUUAGUCAUUGCAAUGAACCAAAAGUGGACUGAGUUUGGUAAAAUGAGGAAUCGAAGGAAUACUGGUCAGGUGUGUGUUGUGGGCAUCUUUUGGCCAACUCUCAUCUGGUUCUGUCUUGAACCUUGUUAAGUACUGUGCUGUAAUUAGCCAAGCUGGUCCCCUUCAAUAUUUCCAUCCUUUUUUAAGGGGUGUUUGUUUUUCCCUGUGAAUGAAUGCUUUGGUGGAGGUGUGUGUGUGUGUGUGUGUGUGUGAGGCAUAGUAUGGGGUAGAAGGGAAGAGAAACACAUUUCACAAACAUUUUACACAUGAACUAUUUUCUUAUGCAAUGUCUUAAGAAUGUAAUUUCACGAUAGGUAUUUAAUAUCUUUUUAAAGUGAAAAUACAUACAUAUACUAGUCUUAAUUAAGUAUUCAGAUGAAAUAGAUAUUGUGAAUAUGUUAAAAGGGCCGGGUGAGUUUGCUGUUACUGGUUAAAAUGGUAAUCUAAUUUAAAUAUCAAACUAAGUCUACUCUUGGCUUUUUGCCUUCUACUGUUUGUCUAGCCUUUAAAUUGGACUUUUGUAUUCCAUUGGUAUGACUAAAAGGACUAGAUUGUAAUGCAUGCUGUGUUUUUUUUUUCCCCCCUCUCUGCUCUCUGUAACUUGGUUUCCAACCUCAUUGUAAGACUUCCUAAUUUGUGGUGAACUGGACUUGUUUUCUUUGAAGACUGUUUAAUAAAAAAAAACAAAAACAAAAAACAAAAACAAAAAACCACAAAGCAAUGAAAACCACAGCAAAGCUAGAGAGGGAUGUUGCAUAAGCCUUUUGUUUUCAUAAUUGUAUUUAUGCCGCUUUACUCUUCAUGUGAAAGCAUAUUGUCACCAUAAAUGUGAGCUGCUAAUUACAAGGCUAAUACCAACAAAGCAGCUUUAAAAGUUGGAUGAUAAUGUGUAGCAUAUUAGCAAUAAUGACAUGUAUUUAUAAAAAUGGAUAUUUUUACCUUACUGAGCCAGUAUCUUAUCUGUCAUGCUACACGACUGUAACAUGUAUAUGUGUGACGUAAAACAUACUCUGGGCAAAAAUGCUUUAUCCACCUUAAUAUCUCUUUUGCCUUAUGAUGCCAUGGAACUCGUUUAAUAGGCAUUUCUGUAUUAACAAAGGCUUUUGAUGCAUGCUUCAUUCUUUUCAUAUGAAUCAGGAAGAAGCACUUUUCCUGAGGAAAGUUGCACACUGAAAGCUAGUCUAGUUGUGACCCACAGAAACCAAAAUAUUUUGGUUUUAUAUUGUUUUUUCCAUAAUUGAAUUUUGCUGGUAAUGUGUUUUUGUGAGGUUUUUUGUGUUGUGGGUUUUUUUUUAUUUGUUUCAUGAAGUUUUAUGCCAUUCAUUGCACUGCUAAAGUGAAGCUUAGCUUGCAACUUAGCUUUAUGCUGAUUUCUAUGCAGGCAAUGAACAGAACCAAAAAAAGGCUGAACAGACUUCAUUUUAAACACAUUUGGUGGGGAUAACUGUUUAACAGGUGCUUUUGUAUUAGUAGAGCCAUCUUUGGUCAUGAAACUAAAGCUUCACUUAAGCAAAUAGUUUUGUUUUGGUAUUGUUUGGUUGAUUAUGGGUGGAAACAAACACUGUCUAAUGUUGUAGAAGAUGCUGCAACAGAACUUCUAAAAGUUAAAAGUUGCUAAUGUAAAGUUGUGUGGAUCUAGAGAUGUGCAGAAUAUGCCAUGUUUAUUUAAAAUCAUUGUCUUGUUUUUUUUUCUUUAUUUAAAAAUAAAUUUGGAAUACAAUAUGUUUGGAA